UCAGUCUCUGCUCUGCUAGAUAAAUUCAAGAAGAGUGACCAGGCAUUUGAUAUCAACGCAGAGACGGAUAACGAGUAUCUUGAGGAUAGGAUGGAAGAUGAUUUUGAUGCCGAUGUUCUAGACAAGACGAUGGCCAGAGAUCUUGGUGAAUUCUCCGAAAAGCUGGAAUCCUGCCGAAUAGCACCAGAACUUUCAAGAGAAAACCAGGUUUCAACAAAAGAAGGGGAUAUUGGGUCCAUGUGUCUACAGCUGUCUAUGAACCCCAGCGAGUAUUCUUACUUCAGCCCCCGAAUUAUGUCCAUGUGGGCAGGCCCAGAACACUGGCGUUUUAAACCGCACCAUAAAGGUGAUGCCAAGUCUGAGAGAGUCAGUAAAAGGAGAACAGUUAAGAAAGUCUUUGAGAUCAAUUUUGACGAGGAGAUUGACUUUGAACUUCACUUCCGCAAAACUCGG